UUUAUUUUGAAAUGAGGUCUUGCUAAAUCAUUAAAGUUGCCCAAACGUGAUCCUCCUGCUUCAGCCUCCCAGAGAUCUGGGAUUACAGGCUUGCUCUGCCACACCUGGCUCCCUGGUCUUUUCAGGUUCUGUGCCCUCGCUGCUGUGGCACUAGGCAGGGCUCCAGACCAGGUGCUGGGGGUGGGGGACAGAUUCCCAGCACUGGUGGCCUUUAGGUUUCCCAGAAGCCUCUCCCUGCCCCCCAGCAUCACAUUGUUCCUCUCUAGCUGUUUUUUCCUGUCCAGGACCCUCCAAGGCCGAGGCUGGGCGGACGGGGUGUUGGUGGGGCCUGACCUGCUGCAGCUGGGGAAGCAGAGUCAGGCUGACAUAGGACUCCUUGCAGGGGGGUAUGCACUCCAUCCUGCAGUCUAAGGUGGUCUCAGGCGGGCACAGCUUUAGAGCAGUGGACUCGUGGCUUACAGGGCUGGCUACGGAGGCCUGGCUAGUCUGCCUUGUGUUCUACACCACCAGUGCCUCUUCUGCCCAUUGUCUUAGGCCUAUCCACUGAGUCCCUAGCCCCCAACCACAGUGCUGGCAGACCUGGGCCACCCAGAGCCACGGUAGAGAUGGGAGACUGCCUGCCCAUCCAUCUCCCCUACCCAGGACCUUGCUUCCUGGCCAUGUGUUCCUGAUCUUACACUGCUACCUGUCCUCUGCAUUUCUAGCUAAGACUCCUGGGUAACCAUCCCAGCCUCCCACCGUGGGGUUUCCUGGAAGCCCCACAGCAUCCGAACCUGUUGGGGGAGGGCAGUCCACCCCAUUUCCGGAAACCUUAAAGGGCGCUCCACAGGGACCGCAAGGGGCACAGGCAUGGGACAGCGUGACCCAACUGUGGUGGCGGGGCCAGGCACAAGGAUCUGAGUUUGAAUCCUGUCCCUCUGGCGCGGUGUGGCUGUGUCCACGCUGGACCUUUGGCCUACCUUGCCUCUGCCUGAGAAGUGAGAGGUCAGGGACCGCUAGGGAGGGAGCAGGGCUGCUUGGCCCAGAGUGCCGGCCCCGGCCCGAGCCGCCCAGCGAUGGCUGCCCCCUUCCUCCUGCUGUUGCUCCUUGCAACCUCUGCCCUGGGUGCCCGGGACUCGGUGGAAAGGCGGCCCCGCGCCCAGGUUGCUCAGCGCCGCGGCCGCAGCUGCUCUCUUGGCACCUGCCAGACGCACCUCCUGCCGCACCGCCUGGCCUGGGUGCGCGCGCUUUCUGCCAAGGAGCCCUCAGGGAAAGCGGCCCGUGAGCCCCAGGACCCCCGCAGCUACGGUCGCCGCCGACGCGAGACCCCUGCCCUGCCCUGCCCGGGCAUCGGGAUGCCCAGCCACGAGCCAGGCCCGCGGACCCCGGACCUCACCCUGCUUUCUUCGCCCCGUGAGACCGGCUCCCGGUCCUCUCCCCGCUGGGCUGGGCGGGACCGAGCACUAAGGUCCCAGGCGGAAUAAACAAAGAGUUCCACGCA